AUGGCAGAUGAGAACAGUUCGCUCCAAUGGCCUGAAGUCGAAGGUGUGCCCAAAGGUGCCACCUGCCGGCCAACACAGGAGACAGUCUUCACCAGCUGCAAGACCACUUCCUGCAUUAGCAAGUAUGAGGACAUCAGCAUGAGCUCUCUGCCUCCAGCUCUGCAAAGGUCACAAUGGUCUCCCAGUCCUUCCUCCUCUGGCUGCUAUUCCUCUGGCCUCAAGGCAGCCAUUGAGCUGACCCAGUCCCCAGCCUCCCUCUGUGUGGCUGCAGGAGAACAAGUCACCAUCAGCUGCAAGGCCAGGUCCAGUGUUAGCAAGUACAUGGCCUGGUACCAGCAGAAACCACGACAGGCUCCCAAGCUCAUGAUCUAUGGUGCUUCCACUCUGCAGUCUGGGGUCCCUGCCGGGUUCAGUGGCAGGGGCUCUGGGACAGAUUUCACCCUCACCAUCAGUGCAGUGGAGGCUGAGGACAUGGCAGACUAUUACUGUUUUCAAUACUAUAGUGCUACAUUGCCACAGUGUUUCAGCCCCAAAGAAAAACCUCUCCAGGCUGCUCAGCCCUUCAGCAGAGGGCAGCAGCAGCUUCCCCAGAGUCACAGGCUUGGGGCAACCACUGCCCUCAGGGGAGAAUGGGGCCCAAUUCAGCCCUGCUGCAGGAGCCAUUUGUCAAAGGGAUGCUGGUUGAGGUAG